AUUAGAUCUGGCAAAUGAAAGUUGAUAGUGGAUGCAGGAUGUCAGAAUGUGGAACUGAGUGAUCUUUAGCUGUUGGCUGACUGUAGCUUUUGGCUUUUUCUCUAUGAUAGAUAGUAUCAAGUAAUAUAUUGCACUGAUCAUGCUGACAAAUUAAUAAGUAAAAUCUGAUUGGGAAUUUCUUAGCUGCCUCAUUUUGUAAUGUGGGAAAGUUGGGGCUUAGCCUGUCACGAUUAGUGUAUUUGUCUCUCCUGAAUAGAUGCCAGAUGGCUGUGCUCCUUUUGUGUUAGUGCACAUAGGUUAGUGCCGAGGCAGGCAUGUUUUGCAAGGUAUUUUUCCUCUGUUCUAUCAAAGUGGAGUGGAGUUCAUUCAGAUCAAGAGUAUUUCAUAUGGAUGCAGUUAUUCGCCGAUGUCCUUUCCUGACAGCCGUGCCCAGUGUGUGCCUGCAGCUGGCUGGGAGGUCAUCACUGGCCAGCUAUGCCCAGAGAUGUCCUGUGAUGAUGGACCUGGCCUCCAGACCUCUGACCAGAGCCCUCUUCUCCUCAGCCUCUGUGUCUAAAGGCACUCCAACAAAUGAGGAUCCAAAGCAUCCAGUCAAGCUGCCCCCAGGCCACCCCGCGCCCCCUGCUGGCCAGGCAGUUGGCUCCAAGUGCCCAUUCCUGGCUGCAGAAAUGGUGCAGAAAAACAACAGCGUAGUGAGGGAGGCCAGCCUGGAGCUACAGGAGGACGUUCAGGAGAUGCACUCUUUACGCAGAAAGAAAACAGAUGUGGAUCUUAUCGAGGCAGACAAGACCAACCCGGGUGCAUUGAAACACCUUUCAACACCACAACAAUCCAAAGUGUCUCACUUACUGCAGGAUAAUCUGCCGAAAGUUUUCACCUUCCAGUAUGACAAGUUUUUUGAAAAGAAGAUCGACAGCAAGAAGAAGGAUCACACAUACAGGGUAUUUAAAACGGUGAAUCGGCGCGCGCCCUCCUUCCCCAUGGCAGAUGACUACUCCGAGUCUCUGCAUAUGAAGAAAGACGUGUCUGUGUGGUGCAGCAACGACUACCUAGGCAUGAGCCGUCACCCCAGAGUCACCCAAACGAUCAUGGAAACUUUACGAAAGCAUGGCGCUGGUGCAGGAGGCACACGGAACAUCUCAGGGACAAGCAAAUUUCAUGUUGACCUCGAAUAUGAGCUGGCCGACCUGCACGGCAAGGAUGCCGCUCUGCUCUUCACUUCCUGUUUUGUAGCCAAUGACUCCACGUUGUUUACUCUGGCAAAAAUGUUACCAGGUUGUGAAAUCUACUCUGAUGCUGGCAACCAUGCUUCAAUGAUCCAGGGUAUAAGGAACAGCGGGGUCAAGAAGUUCAUCUUCCGUCACAAUGACGUCAAUCAUCUUCAAGAGCUGCUUGAGAAAUCUGACCCUGCCACUCCAAAGAUCGUGGCCUUUGAGACAGUGCAUUCGAUGGAUGGUGCUGUGUGCCCUCUGGAGGAGAUGUGUGAUAUUGCCCACAAGUUUGGCGCUGUUACCUUUGUGGAUGAGGUGCAUGCUGUGGGCUUGUACGGGUCCAGGGGCGGGGGCAUAGGGGACAGGGACAGAGUCAUGCACAAGAUGGACAUCAUCUCUGGUACCCUCGGUAAGGCAUUUGGCUGUGUGGGUGGCUACAUUGCCAGCACCAACGCCCUAGUGGACACCGUGCGAUCCUAUGCAGCUGGCUUCAUCUUCACCACUUCCCUGCCCCCCAUGCUGCUGGCAGGGGCACGGGAGUCCAUCAGGAUCCUGAAAAGUGAGGAAGGCCGGGUGCUCAGGAGGAAACACCAGAGGAGCGUCAAGCUGCUGCGUCAGAUGUUGAUGGACUCAGGCCUCCCAGUGGUCCACUGCCCAAGCCACAUUAUUCCUGUCCGGGUUGGAAAUGCCGAGAAGAACACAGAAGUUUGUGACAUCAUGAUGUCCCGUUAUAACAUCUACGUCCAGGCAAUCAACUACCCCACAGUGGCUAAGGGAGAGGAACUGCUGCGCAUUGCCCCCACGCCGCACCACACGCCGCAGAUGAUGCGCUACUUUGUCGAGCGGCUGGUGAAGACCUGGAAGGAGGUGGGACUGGAGCAGAAGCCUCACUCCUCAGCAGAGUGCAACUUCUGUCAGCAGCCUCUCCACUUCGAGCUGAUGAGCGAGAGGGAGAAGUCCUACUUCACAGGCCUUAGUCACAUGAUAUCAGCGACCGCCUGAUAUCCACUUAAACACUAAACCCCAGAGAGCCCCUCUCCCCAAUCAAAUAUAUGUUCAAGCUAUUUAUUGUAACAUUGUCUUUAUCACUAUUUACAAAAUGUUCUAUAUCACCAAUAAAUGUAUGGGAAAAGCU